CCUGGAUGGUUUUUCAUCUUGAAAGAAAAAACUAAGUGUACAAAUUCUGUGUUCACAUUGUCAUGAAUCCAUAUGGUAGAAUUUUCAACUGGCACUUGUUCUUGACUUUGGCUUGUGGUAUAGCAGGAAAAUUUAGCAACCCCACACUACUGGUUGUAGAAGCGCUGAUUUCAUUAGGUUAGCAGAAUAUAUACACCGCUGAAAGCAAAAAAAAAAUAAAAAAAUUGGUGCACUUGAUACAGCAGUAAUUGUGCAUUUUUAACUUUGACCAUGUGAUUAUACUUGAGCUUUUUUGGGACUUGGUACUUUUAUAAGCCACCUUUGGGUGAAAAAUGCAGUAGUUUCUACAGUAUCGGUUAAGUUAAACAGCUGAAACACCAAUUUAUAUUUUACUUUCUGGAUCUCUAACAUUUACGAGGACAGCAAAUGGUGUUAUACCUGAAAUAUUUACAAAUCACCUGAAAAUAAUACAAUAAUUAGACGUUGUGUAUAUUUCUGAAUACUGGCUCCUCCCCUUCGGGGCGUGGUUAAAUUGCAGGAUUUCCUGUCGUGUCGUUUCUAAACAGCAGCCAGCAGCACGGCUACAUACACGGUGUGUGGAGUUGAACCUCGGCUUUGACAGCUGAAGGGGGAGAAUGUGAGAACUACACACUGACAAGGUAACCGAACGAAGGAGCGCUGCUAUGUGCAAAGGUUUACCUUUAUUAAAGUCAUUUGUAGUGGAGACGCCCAGCAGUCAUUGGCCGAGGAGGUAAACUCGUGAAUAAUCUCUUUAGAGAUUUGUUGACGGUGCACAGAGCAGCGAGAUGACUGUGACGACACUGGAACAGAACGGAAUGCGCUCCGAUCAUUUCACGUCUCGCUGCGAGGGAAACUGCUGUUGUGUUUAAAAGAGAAAGUGAACGUCACCUGCACGUCCACUGUUCAUGGCAAGCCAAGCCUGGCUGGAGUCUUCCCUGCGGCGCUCUGCCAGCCUGGGUCUGGAGGUGCUGGAGCGUGCCUCCAGGCGGAGUGUAGACUGGACGAGUAGUGGUGCGUCCCAGACCCCCACCACAACAGAUGAAGACGGACAUGUGACUGCCAAGAAAAGACGCUCGGAGCUUAAUGAGGCCUUUGCAGCCAUCACAGAGUUCAUGGCACAAACAACCCAUCACUGCAAGAGGUUUUACGAGUCUGGCUGCUGCAGCGAGCCCAAUAACACUGAAAAGAACCAUAUGUCCAGGUUCCACACACAACCACGGGCUGGCAAGACAUAUCCACUGCCAAGGAAACCUGACCGUGGGUCGGGAGGAGAUGAAGAUUUUUACAUCGAGGUAUCACCUGGAACAUACUCCAUCACUGCCAGUACGCCAGAGUCACGGCAGCAGACUCAGUUAGUCAGCGUGAAAGCUGGGGAGAGCAUCAACCUCACCUUUAACCUCUGACCCCUGCACCUGACCAAACCGGUCACUCUUGACCUUCAAUUACAAAACUGACCAAUGCAUUUGCUGUGUGUGUUUAACUUUUUUUUUAUACAGAUUGUUGCAUUUGCUAUCAAAAUGUUUUAUUUGCUGCAUAUUGAGAAGCCAUAUUUUUAUUACAUUUUACUCGAGUGUUAAUAUUUAGAUCGUGAGCCCUAGAAAAUCACGUAAUGCACUAAAGAAUAUUUUUACCUACAGUAAUACCACAUUCUGUGUAUUUAAAAUAAAGAUUUUUUUAUCAA